GUGGUGAGUAAUCCAUCUCGACCGUCGUUGCCGUCGACAACGCUUCCUUCAAGGAACAUGGUGAGCACGGCGGACUUUGCGUGCGUGUCCAUCGAUGGCAAGACCGCGCUGGUGUAUGCAUCCGUGACGAAGGAAGGGAAGGACGACGUGCAGUGCAUGGUGCAGUCCACGGCGUCCACCGAUUGCUUUUUCCAGGCCGACCUGGCAUCAUGCGACGCGUACAAGAAGUCCCAGCCCACUCUAGCGAUUCACUGUAUCACGAGCAGUCCCUUCUGCGCCAAGGUUCCAUUUGUUCUCAAGAACACUCCCUCGCCCACCCCCAACCCGAACGCAGUGCCGACGUCGGCGUUGUGCAUGCGCAACAACACCAGAUGGACGUGCUUCGCCGACCCCGACUCCAAGCUCGUCGUGCUUGUGGGUGUCGUAAACGGAACGUUCAACUGCAUCUCCGCAGACACGUCCGGGACCAUCUGCAACGUGUACCCGUCGCAACAAGCCUGUACGGCGCAGUGUCCUUCCAUCGUGGAGCGUCCGACUCUGGGCAUGAAGGCAUGCGAGAGCAGUUCCACCGGCACCGUGUCUUGCAUUGCCGCGACCCCGACAUCUGCCGCCGCGUCAUCAAUGUCGAAAGCCCCCGCGGCAGAAUCGAGUAAUGCCGCUGACUCGUCGUUGUCGUCCGCCGACGAUGCCGUGUCCCCUGUGACAGUCACUUUGUUGGUCGUGGUCGUGGGGCUGGUGCUAUUUAGCUUGUUAUUUCUGUGUCGAAAGCGGCGAUACCCAGCCAACUUGCGCCGCAGCUCGUCUGAUUCCACCGCAAGUGUCGUCUGGCUCGACCAAAAAACGGCAAGUACCGAUUUUGUAGGCAUUAAACUGGACAUGGGCGACCUACAUCUGUGGCGACUCGAUGAAAGCCAACUCGUGUCGCUGGAAGUGCUGGCUACAGGCGCACACGGAGUCGUAAGCUUGGCGAAAUACAAAAAUCAGCGCGUGGCUAUAAAAAAGCAGCUCGCGUCCGAGCGCACGGCCGCCAACGUCCAGCUAUUUAUCGACGAAGUCAAGCUCAUGGCGCGCCUCGAGUCUCCAUUCAUCGUCCAAUUCAUCGGCGUGAGCUGGCUUCGACCGCGGGAGAUUGAGCUCGUGGUGGAAUAUAUGGACUAUGGGGACCUGCGCCAGCACCUCGAGACGACCACUCCCGACUCAUUUGAUUGGACGGAUAAGCUGCAGAUUGCCACCGACGUCGUGGAUGGACUGCUGUAUUUGCACUCUAUGGAUAUUAUCCAUCGAGAUUUGAAGGCCAGAAAUGUACUGCUAAACCAUCACUUGCGUGCAAAACUGACGGAUUUUGGCAUUGCUCGUGAUGUUACAUUGGACACGAUGACCCAGGGCGUGGGCACAUGCCGAUGGACUGCGCCCGAAGUGCUCGAGGGCAACCACUACACUGUGGCCGCAGACGUGUAUUCGUUUGGAAUGGUGCUCGUGGAGCUGGAUACGCACAAAGUGCCAUAUAUGCACAUGAACGAAGUGUCCAAUUUUGUGCUCAUGGAGCGGCUGCGGGAGGCCAGUUUAAAGCCUGAUGUGUCGGCCACGUGUCCGCCGUCCGUUGCGCUCCUCAUCCAGCGGUGCGUGACGUGGCAGCCUCAGGAACGCCCGUCUGCGCUGGAAAUUUCUACGACGCUUCGAGCACUGCGCCGCCAAGGAGGGUUGUCAUAAGUAGUAGUACUAGUAGUACUAGU